AUGGGGCAGCAAAGAGCCAAUGUGGCUCUGGUUUUCGAGUGUGAACAAGGAUGUGUUUGCACACUAACUUAUUGCUUGGAUGUGGCCAACUACUAUAUCCAACUUCUGCUUCUCCCAAAAGCCAUGUCAGGAGAUUCCGCGUACCAGAAAAGCCGCCGGGGCUACCGCCGCAUCCUGUCGCACCAGUUCUCAUUUGACUCGUCAGAAGAUGCCGACGCGAAGGCGGUGAAGACAAAGACGAAGACGAAGAAACCGAGCAAGCGCAAGGAUGCGAAGGCGCACCCGGUGAUCGCAGUGAUAGAAGCACCGAAAAUGGAGAAAGCCGCGGCGAAGCCCGAGUUCUUGAGAUACCUGGAGUACAUGAGGGAGGCAGGAACCUGGGAUGUGGAGUCUGAGAAACCCACAAUUUAUUUCAAAUGA